AGAGUGUGCAUGGCGGCUUCCUUACUCAACAUGUCCUCAUCAUCAGAAGUGUUCGAUCAUUUUCUGACAAUGUUUCAUAUUUUAUUGACAACGUAUAUUUUCAUGUACAUGCUCGCAAUCAUAGUAUACAUUCCAGUCUUGUGGCGAAAGAGAUCACGUGUGUCUAAACCGAAAGACAAUGCAACUGUUCUUUUCGUUACCGCACACCCAGACGAUGAGUGUAUGUUUUUUGCCCCGGCAAUCCUGGGUGUAGAAGCCCCUUCGUCAGUACUUUGUUUUACAACAGGAAAUUAUGACCAAAAAAGGUGAUGUGAGAACGAAAGAGGUCGUAAAGAGUUGCAGUGUGUUGGGUUUAUCUCCUGACCAGGUGACAGUUCUAGAUAUCAGAUCCUUGCCAGACAAUCCAAAGGUGCAGUGGGAUAGGCAGACAGUCUGUAAUGAGAUCCUCCAGCACUGCCAAAAACACCGAGUUACACAGAUUUACACAUUUGAUGGGUAUGGGGUGAGCGGUCAUAGCAACCAUCGGGAGCUGUACAAUGCUGUGAGACAUCUAAAGAUUGACAGAACAGAGCUGCAUGAUAUUGAGUGUUACAGCCUACAGAGUGUGAACCUUCUUCGUAAAUAUACCUCACUGUUAGACCUGCCCUACAGCCUGUACACAGCUGACGUAGUAUUUGUGUCAUCGCCAUGUCAGGUCCUUACAGCUCAGAUCUGCCCCCACCUGUCUGAACACACCUGACUUGGUAUUUAUAUCAUCUCCAUGUCAGGUCCUUGCAGCCCUGGUUGGACAAUAACUAGUUUUCAUACAAGUCCUAUCAACCUCUGUUGUCUUUGGAUAAUAACUAGUUCUUACACACAGCCAAAUGUUUUCCCAUAGACUUCUUUUCGCUAUCUUUCCAUAGGGGGUACCGCUUUCUGGUAGAACAGCCAGG